CUCCCCCUAUAUAAAUCCACCCUCGCUUUCUCUCCUCCUCUCCUCUCACCACACCACGUCUCCACCCCUGCCACCUCACGCGCCCUCCUCUGUUCUCCUCUGCUUCUCUUUUCUUGUUUGAGCUCGGGGCAGUGAGGUGAGAAGGAGAAGGAGAGCAUACCAUAUAAUUGCGCCUUGGGUGCAGAUGACGAUGGUCUGGUGGUGGAUCACCGCGGCCGUGGCGGCCCUGGCGUACAUGGCGGUGAAGCUGAUGGAGGUGCUGUGGUGGCGGCCGCGGCGUGUGGAGGAGCACUUCGCGCGGCAGGGGAUCAGAGGACCCCCAUACCGGUUCUUCAUCGGCUGCGUCCGGGAGAUGGUGGCGCUCAUGGUGGCCGCCUCCGCCAAGCCAAUGCCGCCCCCCUACCGCUCCCAUAACGUCCUCCCCCGCGUCCUCGCCUUCUACCACCACUGGAAGAAAAUCUAUGGUUCCACGUUCCUCAUCUGGUUCGGCCCCACGCCGCGCCUCGCCGUCGCCGACCCGGACCUCAUCAGGGAGAUCCUCCUCUCGCGCGCCGAGCACUUCGACCGCUACGAGUCGCACCCCAUGGUGCGGCAGCUGGAGGGCGAGGGGCUCGUCAGCCUGCGCGGCGAGAAGUGGGCGCACCACCGCAGGGUGCUCGCGCCCACCUUCCACAUGGACAACCUCAAGAUGCUGCUGCCGUUCAUCGGGAGGACGGUCGUGGACAUGGUGGAGAAGUGGGACGCCAUGGCCGACGCCGUGUCAGGCGACGUCGAGAUCGACGUGUCCGAGUGGUUCCAGGUAGUGACGGAGGACGCCAUCACGCGCACGGCCUUCGGCCAGAGCUAUGAGGACGGGAAGGCCGUGUUCAAGCUCCAGACGCAGCUCAUGGCCUUCGCCUCUGAGGCAUUCCGCAAGGUCUUCAUCCCUGGAUACAGGUUCUUGCCGACCAAGAAGAACACGAGCUCGUGGAAGCUGGACAAGGAGAUCAGGAAGAACCUGGUGACGCUCAUCGGCCGGCGGCAGGAGGCCACAGACGACGAGAGGCUCCAAGGGUGCGCCAAGGACCUCCUCGGCCUCAUGAUCAACGCCGGCAGCAAAGGCGGCAGGAGAGGACAGCCGGUCAGCCCCAUCACCGUGAACGACAUUGUGGAGGAGUGCAAGACCUUCUUCUUCGCCGGCAAGCAGACCACGUCGAACCUCCUGACGUGGAUCACCGUCGUGCUCGCCAUGCACCCGGAGUGGCAGGAGCGGGCCCGGCAGGAGGUCCUCGACGUCUGCGGCGCCCACGACAUCCCCUGCCGCGAGCAGCUCGCCAAGCUCAAGACUCUCGGCAUGAUCCUGAACGAGACGUUGCGGCUGUACCCUCCGGCAGUGGCGACUGUGCGCCGGGCGAAGUCCGACGUGGUGCUCGGCGGCCGGUACCACAUCCCACGAGACACGGAGCUGCUGAUCCCGAUCAUGGCCGUGCACCACGACGCGCGGCUUUGGGGGCCAGACGCGACGGAGUUCAACCCGGCGCGGUUCGCGGACGGCGUGGCGCGGGCGGCCAAGCACCCGUCGGCGUUCAUACCCUUCGGGCUGGGCUCGCGGAUGUGCAUCGGCCAGAACCUGGCACUCCUGGAGACCAAGCUCACGGUGGCCAUCAUCCUCCAGCGGUUUGAUUUCCGGCUGUCGCCCAAAUACCUACACGCUCCGACGGUGCUGAUGCUCCUCCACCCACAGUACGGCGCGCCGGUGAUCUUCCGAUCCCGGUCGCUCCAGACGUCCUCCGAUCAUCAAGCGGAGGCGACGCCUGUGUAAAGAUGAACCUCACUAACCACUGUCAACUGUCAAUUGUGGCUGGCAGAAUGACAGACCAAAAUGACCAUGUGCUAUCUCAUGGUGAAUGCUGCUUUGCCAUCCGGAGCAGAGAUUGUUGGAGCAAAGGCUCGCUACCACCAAGAGAAUGAGUACAAUAACCACCCCAUGUACUGUACUAUACUGUACUAACAUAUAUCUUGCACCAAGAUGCCAGCAGCAGCUUAGAUUAGUAGAGAAGUAACAGUGUAGAAGGCUUUGAGCUGUGUCUCCCAAGCUUUUCUGUCUUUUUGUGUUGAUGGUUUCUUCCUUCA